AUGUUUAAUAAAAAAGUUUCAAUAACUGAAUUUUAUAAAACAAUUAGAUUGGAUGAUAAGUCAAUUAUUAAAUUAUGUGAUGAUAUAUUAGAUAGUAUAAGUGGGUGUAAGGUAUUAGAAAAUGAUUAUUAUAAAGAAUUAGUUGAAAUGACAGAGAUUUUAAUUUCUGAUAAAAAUAAAACACGUUUAAAUGCUGGUAGAAUUUUAGCAACUUGUAUUUUUAAAAAAGAUGAAUUUGAUGUUAAGAAAUGUGAACUUUAUGAUUUAUUUAAAAUUAAAAUAAACAGAAUAUUAAAUAAUUUAGGUGAAGAAAGUAAUUUGAUAAAAGAAAGUAAUUAUUUAAUUGAUAAAAAUAGUAUAAUUGAAGAAAAUAGUAUAAUUGAUAAAAAAUAUUUUAAAAUUCAACAGGGUUUAAGAAUAUUAAAAUUUAAUCAAAAUGAUUUAAAAGAAAUUAAAGAAGUUUUAUUUAAUUUUGAAUCAAUGUUAUUUAAUUCAUCAAUUAAAGCAGUUGAAAGUUAUGGUAGAGAAAUUUAUAAUCUUUUAUUAAAUAAUUUUGAUAACUUUAAAAUCUUAAAAUAUGAUUGUAUUUAUCACUUGUUAAAAUUUAUACUCAAAAAUCAAAUUGAAAAUUUAUAUGGAAUAUUAAGGUCUAUUUUCAAUGGCAUUAAUCAUAAUGAUAAUUCUUUAAUAAGAGAAUUUCAUACAGAUAGAUUUACUAGACAGUUAAUUUUAAUAACUAAAUUAUUUAAAAAUCUUAAUCAAUUUGAAAAGUAUAAUUUAGUUUGUAUAAUUGAUGAGGAUUUUUAUAGAUUAAUUGAAAGAAUCAAGAAUAGAGAACUAAUUGUAAGUAAAGAAACUGUUAAUCUUAUAGUUGAUUUAAUGAAAGAAAUAAAUAUCUUUUUUGCUUAA